CGUACGGACGUACGGGAAUAGAGAAUAUAAUACUUUUUAUUAUAUUAUGUGAUUUAUAUUCAAAAUUUCUAUUUGGAACAGUUAAAGUAAUUUUUACCGUCCGUUGAGAAAUCGAAGCAUUGUUUCGUUGAAUGAUAACUCAGAAUGGUAGACAGAGGAGUCUACACUCUGAGAGGUUGGCUCGCUUUUGUGUCAUUUUUAGAUUUUGCUCAAGCUCUUCGUUCUUGGUUUGACAAGGAUGUUUUCUUGGGGUCUUAUUACAAAAACUACAAUUCUUCAACUAACAUUACAGACCUUGAAAAUCUACCUCUACCAUCCUCAAGUGCAAGACUCUUGAUAGCUUACUCCAUUCAAAAUGGAAGCAUUCUUUUACUUAGUGCCUUUUGCAUUCACCACUGGUCGAUGGCAGUAAUGGCAAUGUUUUCCCUUUUAUUGAAAAUUGUGUACCUGAUGCUGGAAGCAUUGAAGUUUAAGAGUACUCCAUUCAAUUUUCAUAUUAUUUUCCCUGUUAUAGUAGAUGGCAUUACAUUUAUUGCACUAACCUUUUCACCAAAAUUGCUAAAGAAAGAGAUAUUAAAUGACCAAGAAAAUGAAGAAAUCUUGAAACUUUGCAACGGAAAACCGAUCUACUUACCGUCAAAGAAGAAGAAACACUUUAACUGAAGCGCUGAAUGUUAAAUUUGUGUUUUAAAAAACUUAUCUAGUCAAUACAAAGGACGUCAUGGCCAUCAGAUGUUAAGUAAACCACUGUUUGUUCAAUUACCGUUUUAUUUAAGAUAUUUGAAUUGCAAUAGAAUAACUUCAAACGA